AUGUUCAUCGACACCCACGACCUUCCUCAGUACCGAAUGCAAAUCACCCGCUACAAUGAUUUCAGAAACGCCAGUGACGACAUCAUCGAUGCUAUACCAUGUGUCUAUCCCCCAAAGUACCAUCGAUAUGUGGAUGGAACUCAAUACUUUCUGGUCAGGAGAAGAGACGAUGGAUAUCUCAUGGCCGUAUUCGUGUACGAGAUAGAAUCUUCCGAGACCCUAAAGGAUGGGAAGAUUUUGGAAUCUUUGUUAACAUGGGAAUCGACAAGUGGCAAGCAAGCGAACGAAAUUGGGAGAACCAGGGAGGAUUCUGGUUACACUACUUACCCUUCUUGGACCAUUUCUCCUACACCCAUGAUCGGAUCAAUUACGGAUUGGACUACCACAUAUACAACCUGUCCAAUGCACGAGGAACUGUCCUGUUCGAGUACGAUAUUCAGGAGUGUAUCGACUACUGGAGAAACGUCCGAAUUGAUCAAUGGAGCUACGACACCCAAGAACAGCCCCCUUCCCCUGGAGGACAUGUUGACACUACCAUGGGAGAUAAUAGUGCCCCAGGAGGACCAAGAGAUAUACCCGACGAUGCCUCCAGUACAAGUACCAGAGUGGGAGGACCCGACGAUAACGACGACAAUGAAUCCGGACCUAGAGGAUUCGACAGUGACAUCGAAAGCAUCAUUGUCCACAAACGACCAGUCAUCCACAUCAACCAACUCGAAUCAGUUUCUGUACCUGGAACUGAUGAUGGAAGAAAUGAAGAUGAUGAUGAAUACGAGUGGAGAGUUAGAGCUUACUCUCCCAAUGGAAGUAGCGGAUGGAGAACAACAGCAACAACAUCCAGCGAUGGUCGACUCAGCAGUCCUUUCGUUCGAGAACUUACCAACGGAGGAAUGCCAGUAUGGAGCGACUAUGACUUCGGAUAUAGAGGAAAGCACACGGGAUAUGAGUACACCGACGAUGGAAGAGUACUCAUCUCAGAAGAAACUUGGGACCCCCAACCAGGACCAUCUAAACAAACCAUUAGGGAUGUCGCCGGAUAUUAUUCAGAUGAGGAGUACGACCUCUACUCCCGAGUCACUACCCCAGAUAUCUACGACACCUAUGAGCAAUGGGACUAGUGAAGGAAUGGAUGUAGUAGAAGGAGAAGAAGAGGAGUUAAUAAAAAGAAAGGAAAAGAGAAGGAGAAAGAACAAUAAUGUAAAUAGAUGGGAAGAGUAUAAAGGAAAAGAUAAGGAGUGGGAAAAGAAAGUUAGGAGAACAGAAGCAGAGUUUGGUAGUAUUAGAGGUUUAAAAAGACAGAUGAAUGAGGAUAGAGCCAAUUUGCAAGGAAAAGGUUACAACAGAACUUUAGCUUAUGCAUGGGGAAAAGCGAUAUAUGAGAAGCCACAUGUCUCUUCAAUGGCUUACAGAAUAUUUGGAUCUCCAACUCGGCUAUUGGCUCUCAAAACAUACCUUUUGUACCAAGGGUGUGAAGAAGACAUUGAAACGGACUAUCUUAGUCAAGAUAAAGUUCGGAAAAUGAGCCACGAUCAGCUUAAGAAAGAAAACAGCUGA